GGGGAGGGGUAGAAGAAGGGGGCUUGCUCUUCUCUGUGUGUCCAGGUUGAGAGCCUUUUUAAAGCCGUCCAGUGGAACCAGAGUACCUUUUGUCCAUUAAUACGAUCAGGGGACUGGAGGAAGUGAAAAGCUUGAGAGUUUUUCUGUCAACCUCUGUGCCUCUUCUUCCUGCUGCCGCUGCUGUUCUCAAGAAGACUUGAACAGGGCUAUUGUUUCCCUCUAUUCUCCUCUGCUCCAGCAGGGCACACCGUUGACCAUGAAGAGCACAGGGCAGAGUAGAGGAUGUCCGCAGAUGCAUUCGGAGCCGGUGGCAGCGAUGCCCAGCAAACCCUGCAGUCCUUUUGGCCUCGUGUCAUGGAGGAGAUCAGGAACCUGACUGUGAAGGAUUUCCGUGUGCAGGAGUUGCCUCUGGCUCGAAUCAAAAAAAUCAUGAAGCUGGAUGAGGAUGUCAAGAUGAUCAGUGCAGAGGCUCCAGUCCUGUUUGCCAAGGCAGCUCAGAUCUUCAUCACAGAGCUCACCCUCAGAGCGUGGAUCCACACAGAGGACAACAAGAGACGAACGCUACAGAGGAACGACAUUGCCAUGGCCAUAACAAAGUUUGACCAGUUUGACUUCCUGAUUGACAUUGUGCCUCGAGAUGACCUGAAGCCACCUAAAAGACAGGAAGAGAUGCGUCAGUCAGUAGCUCCAGCAGAGCCAGUGCAGUACUACUUUACUUUGGCCCAGCAGCCCGGAGCUGUACAGGUGCAGGGUACACAACAGGGCCAGCAGCCCGGCGCACAAACGACCAUCCAGCCUGGACAGAUCAUCAUCACUCAGUCACAGCAAGGACAGAUGCUGCAAGGUGCCACCAUGCAGCAGUUACAGCAAGUGCAGGUGCAGUCACAGGGCACACCCAUCACGAGUGCGCCUGUGGCCAUGCAGGUGAGUGAGGGCCAACAGGUACAGAUUGUCCAAGCUGCCCAGGGUCAAGCUCAGGCAGGUCAAGCCCAAGGCCAGACCAUGCAGGUCAUGCAGCAGAUCAUCACCAACACAGGAGAGAUCCAGCAAAUUCCAGUGCAACUAAAUACAGGCCAGCUACAAUACAUCCGUCUAGCCCAGCCUGUGUCUGGAGCGCAAGUGGUCCAAGGACAGAUUCAGACUCUCGCCAACACCCAGCAGAUCACACAGGCAGAGGUACAGCAAGGACAGCAGCAAUUCAACCAGUUUACUGAUGGACAGCAGUUGUAUCAGAUUCAGCAGGUGACGAUGCCAGCUGGACAGGAGCUUACCCAACCGAUGUUCAUACAGUCCACCAACCAGACAGUUGACACACAGGUCACGCAGGUCAGCACCGACUGAGCCCAACCAGGAAGCUUUUCCCCACACACACAACACGCAUGCCAGCCCAUGUGAUGCCGACAGAUCCUACCAACUUUGACAAAGGAUGCUUGAUAAACUUGAUUUUAAGCACUGCUCCUGUAGACGAGGGACCCAAAAUCUUGUAACGCUCUUUAUUUGUAGUAAAUGUAGUACACUGGACAAAAAAACAAAGGGACUGAUCGACUUUCAAAAGUACACGUUAAGUUGCAUCCAUGCUUACGCACUGUUGACCUCUUGUACUUCUGUCACUCACAUCUGUAGCAGAAAUAUGCAUCCACUGCCACAGUCCCUGACACCAGUCUCUCCACAGACCAACUAAACUAUUCCUUCUCUCAUCUCUUGCCCAAACCUAAGGAUUUAAAAAAAA